AUGGCUGCCAGAAACUCUGACGCAGAGAAAGGAGCUAGUCAUAAUGGCAAACCCUUAUCAGAUGGAGAUAGAGAAGAAGUCGAACACGCCGCAGCUCAUGAUGCCGCUGUCAGAGGGCAUUUAGCAACUGACGCGCAUGGCAACCCAAUUGCCACCUUCGACGAGGCGGCUGAAAAGCGGCUGCGAAGGAAGAUAGACUGGUGCGUCAUGCCAACAGUCACGAUAUUGUACCUGAUGUGCUUUGUCGACCGUGCAAAUAUUGGUAAUGCCCGACUGGCUGGCCUUGAGGCUGAUCUCGGUCUGAUGGGCUACGACUACAACAUACUAUUGACAUGCUUCUACAUUUCGUACAUCAUUUUUGAACUUCCAUUGAACAUGACCUGCAAGUGGAUCGGACCCGGCUGGUUUAUCCCCGCUACAUCAGUAUGCUUCGGCGUGGCCUCCCUCGGCACAGCCUUUGUCAACACAAUGGGCCAAGCAUGUGCUGUGCGAUUUAUCCUGGGAAUAUUUGAAGCAGGCAUGUUACCUGGCAUCGCCUAUUAUCUGAGCCGCUGGUACCGACGCAGCGAGCUUGCCUUCCGACUCGCUAUAUACGUCGCCAUGGGCUCGUUCGGCGGCGCCUUCGGUGGUCUGCUUGCCUCUGGGAUACUGACCCUCGAUAACUUUGGUUCACUCACCAAGUGGCGUAUGAUCUUUGCGAUCGAAGGUAUCUGCACCAUCGGGCUGGCAAUCAUUGCUUUCUUUACCAUGACCGACCGUCCGAGCACUGCAAAGUGGCUUACGCAAGAAGAAAAGGAUCUUGCUAUCGCACGUAUCAAGUCUGAGAGAGUUGGAGUUACUGAGGUGCUUGAGAAAUUCUCAUGGAAACUGGCGCGGCGAGGUAUCAGUUCGCCAGUGACCAUUGGAACGUCGACCAUUUUUCUUUUUACCAACAUCACCGUCCAGGGCCUCGCUUUCUUUGCACCAACGAUUGUGGGGACAAUCUAUCCAGAUGCAUCUGUCGUGCAAAAGCAACUACGAACUGUGCCGCCUUACAUCGUGGGUACUUUCUGUACUCUGGCAAUCAGUUGGCUAUCGACGCGUCUCGAUCGACGUAACAUCUUCAUCAACGUUUCACAGCUUCCUGUCAUUGCCGGUUAUAUCAUGUUUCUUAGUACCGCAGACCCGUAUGUCCGCUAUGCUGGAACAUUCCUCAUCUGCGCGGGGACAUUCGCCAAUGGUGCUCUCUCCAACGCGCAAUUGUCCGCCAAUUUGGUGACAGACACAGCCCGUGCUUCCGGCAUUGGGUUGAACGUUAUGCUUGGCAAUGUUGGAGGGCUGAUAUCAACAUGGUGCUUUUUAGCUUCCGAUGGGCCCAAUUACCCAAUUGGAAAUGGUCUCAACUUGGGAGCUUGCUUGUCUAUCUUCCUGCUCACUAUUGUGCUUCAUCUCUUCAUGAAUUGGGACAAUAAGAGACGAGCCAGGAUCGAUGUUGAUCAAGCUCUGGCUGGACACACGACAGAAGAGAUUCGUGGUCUGGACUGGAAGCACCCUGGUUUCUUGUGGAGGCCUUAG